GCGGCGGCGGCUCUGCCUCUCUCUCUGCCCCAUCAGGUGCUGCUGGACCAGCCGCUAAAUGAGCCAGCGAUGGAGGACGGGCAGCCGGGCCCCGGGGCAAGCUCCCCGCAGAGCGACUCCGCCGAAGUUUUGCUCCACGGGGUGUUCGCGCUGCUGGACCCCGCUCCCAAGAUGAGCUACGCGCUGAGUCUCACUCGCGGCCGGGAGCUGCGCAUGCAGCGGGUCGGCUCCGCGCCGGCCGGCCCGGGCGCCGCGCUGAAGCUGGCGGACUGCAUCGGCUGCUCUGCCUUCGCCGGCCGGGAGCCCCAGCCGGAGCCGGCCGCCUACUUCUCCGUCUUCUGCUACCCCUUCCGCAAGGGCUGGUGGGACGCCUCGCCCUCCAGGCAGCGCCUCGCCAGGACUUUCCGCGUGUGCGUGGCCCAGGAGCCGGAGGACAAUCUGAAGCUGGCGGAGACGUGGGCUGGGAAGAUUAGGGAGCUGGCUGCGCCCAGGGUACCCCGACAGGAAGGGGUGACGUGGGGACUCUUGCCGCGGCCCUGCCAUGUCCUGGUGCUGCUGAACCCCCAGAGCGGAACGGGGCACGCGCUGCAGCUGUUCCGCUCCCUAGUGCAGCCAAUGCUGGCCGAGGCCGACGUAGCCUUCACCCUCUUUGUGACCGAGAGGCCGAAUCACGCCCGUGAGCUGGUGCGGGCCGGAGAUUUAUCCCAGUGGGACGCUGUGGCCGUCCUGGCCGGGGAUGGCCUGCUGUAUGAGGUGGUGAACGGCCUGAUGGAGCGUCAGGACUGGCAGGCCGCCAUCAAGAAGCCUCUCUGCACCCUGCCCGGGGGCUCUGGGAACGCCCUGGCCGCUUCCAUCAACCACUACGCUGGCAACACGCAGGCCUUCAAGGAGGAGCUGCUGACCAAUUGCACCUAUUUCCUCUGCAAAGGCCUGUAUGCCCCCAUGGACCUGGUCUCCCUGAGCACGGCCUCUGGCAAGCGCCUCUACUCCUUCCUCAGCUUCGGCUGGGGCUUCAUCUCCGACGUGGACAUCGCCAGCGAGAAGUACCGCCAACUGGGCAAAGCCCGCUUCACCGUGGGCACCAUCCAGCAGCUGGCCGGGUUGAAGGUCUACAAGGGCCGCCUCUCCUACCUGCCCGUAGAGAUGUCCUCCUCAGCCCCCGGCAGCCCUUCAGAGCAGAAUAGCCACCACGUGCCAUGCAGCAACGGUCGCCCCCUCCACAUCCUCCCUCAGCCUGCGCUGGGAGUGCCACGGCCCCCUCACGAGGGGUCCUGGCCAGAGGACCCUCUCCUGGUCCCCUUCGACCAGCCAGUCCCAAAGCACUGGACCGUUGUGCCUGAGGAGGAGUUUAUCUCCAUUUUCGCCAUCUACCAGUCGCACUUGGGCGCUGACUUCACCAUGGCCCCCACGGCCAAGCUUCACGAUGGCUCCAUGCACCUCUUCUACCUGAAAGCCGGGGUCUCCCGGCUGGGGCUGCUCAAACUCUUCCUAGCCAUGGAGAAGGGGACCCACCUGGACCUGAACUGCCCCUACCUUCACUACCUCCCCGUGAGGGCCUUCCGGCUGGAGCCCUUUGCUUCCACCGGGCUCAUGACGGUGGACGGCGAGCCGCUGGUGUGUGAGCCAGUGCAGGGCCAGGUGCACGACCAACUCGGCAGGAUCAUCAGUGGCUCCUGAGCCACCUGCCAAAUAAACCGCUUCAAAAAGGAUUUUGACCAUGUGCAUCCCUGGGGUGCAGUGAGGGAGGACAGGCAAGGACCACUGCAGAGACCUCCUGCCACUCAGUGUCUUCUCCAGCCCGCUCCUCUCUCCUCCUCUGGAAUAGUUCACAGGGGUCUCUUGUUCCCCUUGCUCUGCCCAGCCUCCCGAGUCCCACCCCCACCGCAGUCCUUUUCCUGCCUGAUCGCAGGCACUAUGGGCCAAGCACUAAGAGGUUUGGUUAAUUAGUUUGAGGGUGGGGGAGGGAUACUCACAGCCUGGCCUGCCCCCUGUGUCAGGAAGCUCCUAUGGGACACAGGUGACUCCUGAGCAGUGGGUGGCAUGUGAUGGUGCCUGAAUACAGGUACAGCGCUUUCCAGGUCAGCUUAGCAGCUGCAAGGAUAUUUCUCCCACCCCCCCCAGUCUAAGUGCUGGGCUGCUUCUCUUCUCUGCUUCCAGAUCAGCCUAUCUUUGCAAGGGACUCCGCAGAUGACUCGCCAACCCAGGCUCUCCGCAGUACAGGCCUCCCCUGCAUUUCUGUUCCUAGGUUCCCCACAAGGACAAAGCCAGUCUGCUCCCUUCCCACAGCUCAACUAUACACUAAAGGCACAAGAGCGCUACCCUUUCCCCCAGGAGCAGAGUGCCACAGAGACGGAGCACUGCUUCAGCACCAGCAAAUACAGUGGGCACCAAGUCCCUAGGGCCAGUGGGGAAAUGAGAACUGGCUCCACUAUAAACUUCUAGGGCCAACAUUUGUUACAAUGAACCAAUAUUUUUUAAAGAAAAUAUUUCUACCAAAAGCUCCAUGGAGACAGAGUUUAUUCUUAAAAUGAGACAAUAAAGAUCUAGCUUUUCCAAAACAGGCGGCCUUGGCUGUUACAUGGUGGGCACUCUGCUUUCAUUGCAAACCUAAGCACCUGGAACUCCCAGGUUGGACUGUUUCCUCCCUGGUAUUGCUGUGGUGUAAUAAGCAAUAAAGUUUCUUGGAGCAGCAGCAGCUCAGGGGUUAUCGCUUUCCUAUUUCGCCAGCAAGGGGCUGUGGGCGAAUU